CUGCUUCUAUCCUGCUUAUAAGUGGGCACGAUAAGGUACUUAUUGUAGCACUUUAUAGAGCACUACACAUACUUCUGUGCAAAGGUGAACAGGGAGAGUGCAGGGAUUGUGCGGAGCCAUCAAUACCUGCACCAUUAUUAUCCCCUCACCCCGAUAUGGCACAUACAGUGGUAACCCAGCCUCAGGGCGGUGCUAAUCAAGUUCAACCCACACAGAUGCCAAUCACACCAGAGCUGGACAGGGAAGCCAUCCCCUCCACAUCUGCAAAACCACCACAGCUAGAGGACUUGUUUGACUGGAUAAAAUCAACCAUACAGUCCACUAUCAGUCAGUCCUCUACAUGCCCUAGGAAACGCAAAUCACAAGCUCUGCUUGACACUAAUUCUUCUGACACGGACGUCAGUGAACAAGAUAGCGAACCAGAAUUGGGUGAGGUAUCACACAGUGACGCUGAUACGGACGACUCUGGAAGAGAUCAGCAUUACCACUCUAUUGCAAGCCCCGACACUGCUAAACGACUACUACGAGACAUGCUAGCUACGCUAGAAAUUAAAGAUGACAGAACAACUGCCUCCAAAGCCGACAGGGUACUGGGGGUACAGCCCAAAAAGGCCAGAACCUUCCCCGUUUCCAAAUCUAUUUCUCAGUUAAUCGAAAACAAAUGGGCAAAACCGGAUCACCGCCUUACCCUGACCCAACGCUUCCUCACCACUUACCCCAUACCGGAAGAACAACAAAAACUCUGGGAUAAAGCUCCUAGAGUUGAUUCCACAGUGGCCCACCUAUCCAAAAAUACAGCAUUGCCCACUGAGGAAGCUGCCUUCAAUGGAUAAGAAAAUGGAGGUCGUCCUCAGAAAAGGCUUCACCCAUGCCACAGCAAUUCUCAGGCCAGCAGUGGCAUCAGCAGGAUUGUCGAGCAAAAUUCUGGUGCCAAGAGCUAAUUAAGCACCCGCCGCCUUCACCUCAGGCACUGCAGGAGGCCUAAGAUCAAAUCAGUGCUUCCUUAGACUUCCUAUCAGAUGCAGCUAUGGACACGUUAAGAUUAGCAGCGAAGACCAGCGUGAACAUGGUGAUAGCCAGACGAGCAUUGUGGCUGCGCCACUGGUCCAGAGACACAGCCUCCAAAUCCAAACUCCUUAACCUCAAGUUUACGGGAGACACUCUUUUUGGGCCCAACCUGAAACAAAUUAUUUCGGACGUCCGGGGGCAAGAGCACCUUCUUACCCUUGGGUAAGAAAGCCAGACCCAAGUCCACAAGCAGACCCUAUAAUAGCCAAUGGAACGCCCGGGGAUGCUCCUUUCGCAAAACACAUCCUUCCACACAGCACAAGGUAACGCAGACACAAGGAAGGGCAGAACGCCUUGGCCACAACAGCACAAACAAGGUAGAAAACCGGGGCCUCCAAAGCCCACAUCGGCAUGACUGCACUCCACCGAACUCGGAGAGGAUAGGUGGUCGUCUUCAAGAAUUUGUAUCGACCUGGCAAACACACGCAGACACAAGGAAGGGCAGAACGCCUUGGCCACAACAGCACAAACAAGGUAGAAAACCGGGGCCUCCAAAGCCCACAUCGGCAUGACUGCACUCCACCGAACUCCACCGAACUCGGAGAGGAUAGGUGGUCGUCUUCAAGAAUUUGUAUCGACCUGGCAAACACACGUACAGGACAAUUGGGUGCUGUCAAUCAUCAGAGGGGUACAGAAUCCCAUUCAACAACCUACCCCCUUUUUACCUUCACCCGUACAAAUCAAUAUUCUGGAGAUCAGGGCCAUCCGGAAUGCCAUCUUCCAUUGGUCCCAGCAGCUGAAGGGCCCGCCUCUUCGCGUGCAGUAUCCCUGAUACUCAGUUGGGCAGAAUCAAACGUCCCGGCAAUAUCAGCAGUAUACAUACCGGGUGUCCAAAACUGGGAGGCAGACUAUCUCAGCCGACAACGGAUAGAUCAGGGAGAGUGGGCACACCAUCCGGACAUAUUCGACCAGAUUGUGGCCAGGUGGGGAUGCCCGGACAUAGACAUGCUAGCGUCCAGAUGCAACUACAAAGUACCUACAUACUGCGCCUGGUCGCAGGACCCGGGGGCAUCGUACGUGGAUGCUUUAGUCAUAGCUUGGACUUUCAACAAAGUCUAUGCUUUUUCCCCACUGGCCCUCCUACCACGGAUAAACUGCAAAA